AACGUUUGCGCUGUCUCUUUUUAUUGCAGCAGCAUCCAAGCCUUGUCUUCUAAGUAAGUUAAUUUCUUACAGAUGGCAAGGUUUGUUCUGACCUCUUCCUUCCACAUUCCUCUCUUCUCCUCCCUCCCCUUCACCCUUUUCUUUCUUCUUCUUUCACUCAUGUCUGUAUUCUCUGUCGUAACUUUUCUCUGCGGUUCUGAGAAACUCAAGAAGCUCCGCAUCGAAGCUCAGAAAGCAACGACAAAAAGGUCAAAUUCCAAGGACCAAAACCUCGUUUCCAAGCUGAACAGCAACCUCGGCAACAGGGCACUCUCCAUGGUGAAGAUGCUGUCGUGGAGGAAGGUUCAGGCGGAGGGAGAACCUCAAGGAGAUUGCAGUAGUGACCAUGAUGAAGAAGCCCUUUGGAGGAAGAACAUCUUGAUGGGAGAAAAGUGUCGUCCUUUAAACUUUUCUGGCAAGUUUGACAAUGAUUUUCAACCCAAGAAUUAAUGCUUCCUCGUUUUUGUUGUGUUUGUGUAGACUUUGCUCUGCUGUAAGAUGGAAACAUAGUUAGCAAUAUUUUUGUUUUUUGUAAGAACUGGUGUGGCUUUGCAGGGUUAGAAACUUUUGUGAUGGGAUUAGACUUUAUAAACUUUUUCAUAUGAUGGGAUUGGUUUUUUCUUUUGUUCUUGUUAUUGUUUUGAUUUUGUUCAGUAUUUUUAGGAUUUACACAAGAUAUGUUAGAGAUAUAGUUUUCUAACUUCGUUUCAACAGAAAAAAAAAAUGCUAAUACUUUGUAGUUUCAAUU